AUGCAACGUGCAUGGGGUCGUGGUCCUCCUGAACGCAGCACAGGUCGACUCUGCCAAUGUACUACAAAUGGAUGCGGAGGCCAGACACAAGAAGAUCCAGCCACUGGACGAAUAGUGCAAGGAAAAUUCGUAUCCGAGGUUGAAUAUCAGGAUCAUCGCAAGAAGGACCUAAGGGCGGCCAAUCUGAGGUCGCAACAAGAGAAUCUACCCGGCGGUGGUGGCGGAGGCACGAUAACCACUGCUCCAAGCUGGAGCACACAUCCUUCAGCUUCUACAUCUGUCUCGCUCUUGGUUGAGGACAAUUUUCCUCCCCCCUAUCCGUUUAGCAGACCGGACCAACACCUGUCAUUGUCGGAGGAAGUCGAUACUUCCUCAUCGAAUCUCCUGCUGCACAGCAAUGAAAGUCCCUCUCUGGAGCAUAACGAACAUGAUCGCGAUCAAUCGUCCUCCGAAGCCUCGCAAGGAGUCGGACGGAAAAUCACAGACAGCGAGAAGCGUACUCGUAAGAUAGCGAGCGCGUUAGAUCGGCUUUUGCAACUGCGUGACCUUUUCCACCAGCAUAGUCAGCCUCACAUCACAAUCUCAGAUAGGGUCGUCUUCCAGAAACCUCCUGAUGCUGACGCUCCUCUGCCGGCUCCUCUGGAACGUUCCGAGACUGGAGAGGCUAUCGAGGUGAAUGCAGGGAUCUUCAGCCUGAGGUACAACAUCCCGGAUAAUAUGCCCAUCCUCGAGUAUGAGGCCUGGUUGAUGAACCACCUGAUUCGACUCGAAGGUAUUCGGACGCAUGAUAUGGAGUCAGCCUUCGUGAAACAACAAAUUCGAGACGAGAUCUUGAAAGAAUGGGAUCGUCUUCAGGGUCUCAAAAGACGCGCAUGGGAGUUACAACGGGCAGCUCCGACGAUAUCGACUACUCCGCCGGCAGGGCCUGCAGCUCAACAUGAUAGGUUUUCUGUUUCCACAGCUCGUUUUCUGAAGCCACCGAUGCAGAACGCUCAUGUGAUUUCCAUUGCGUGUUACAUCACUAUCGCAGUUCUCUUCCUCGUAUGCCAUCUGUCCACGAAAGAAUCCGGCUUCGCACUUAGCUGCCUCCAGUUGAUUGUCGAACUGUGUUUGUCUUUCAAUGAGGGCAUCUCUCCACGAGCUCGUGAAAUUGUGAAUACUAUCCCUGCCGAUGUUCGCACUGUAAUCGACACCCUAAACCUUCAGCCAUCCACAAAAACCUUUGUUUGUUGCCCGCGGUGCUAUUCCUUGUAUCUGCCCAACUCCUGUCCUGAGUUAUGCACGUUCUGCGACACACCCGCGAGUACGCCUUGUCAGGGCAAGCUUCGCAAACAGCAGACCAUCAAAGGGAGAACAUUCACCUUCCCAUCGCGCUCUUUUCACUACCACGACUUGAAGCAAUGGGUUGGAGAACUGAUGUGUCGACCUGGGAUGGAGAAGUUAAUGGACCGCGAUGUCUAUGCCAAGACCUCUGGAACUGACAGUACCAUGCAUGACGUUUGGGAUGGCGAAGUAUUGCAAUCGUUCAGGGGACCGGAUGGCGAGCAAUUUGUGAUGGCCAAAGGCGCAGAAGGCCGUUACAUCUUCAGCCUUGCCAUGGACGGUUUCAACCCUUUUUCCAACAAAGCCGUGGGGAAGCGGGUCUCCAGUACAGGUAUUUACAUGGUCUGUCUCAAUCUUCCUCGCGAAUAUAGGUAUCGCAUGGAGAACAUGUUUCUAGUGGGCAUUAUACCUGGUCCGACAGAGCCAUCCCUUCAUGAGAUCAAUCACUUACUUCGGCCUCUUGUGGAUGACCUACUCGAUUUUUGGGACCCCGGAGUAUGGUACUCAAGCACACCUCAGCAUCCUACGGGCCGACUUGUUCGUUGCGCAGUGGUACCUCUCAUCUGUGACUUGCCUGCAGCUCGUCAAGUGGCGGGAUUUGCGUCUUUUAGCACCUUAAAACAUUUCUGCUCAUUUUGCCAUCUGCACCGGCACGAUAUUAAGAAUCUUGAUCCAUCCACUUGGAGACCACGCAGCGAUGCAGAACAUCAACACUGGGCUGACGCAUGGCGCAAGGCGCAAUCUGAGGAAGAGCGCGACACCUUGGUUUCUGAUCAUGGGGUCAGGUAUUCCGAGCUUCUGCGUCUUCCGUAUUGGAAACCAGUGCUAUAUACCAUGGUCGAUACUAUGCACGCGUUUCUUCAGGCGAUUCUCAAGCGCCACUGCCGAGUCAUUUGGGGAAUGGAUGUGAAGUUCAUGGAUGGAGAUGGUCUAGAACCUAGUGAUGACGGCAGUGCCGAAUCCUUCGAAGAUGAAAUGGACCGUGCACGCAUCGCCUUUCGUACAGGCUCCAAGACAGCUCUCGGAAAAUUUCCCAUUGAGAUCCUGAGGGCCUUAGCGAUAGAUUAUGCUACCAUCGAGCCGGCAGGGAGAAAGGCUGUGUUGAUGAAGCGGUUGGUACAGCACCGAAUCAGCUGCGGGUGGUUCAAUGAUAGUGGAAAGUUAGUGAAAGAGCCCGCUCCCGGGGAGCUCCCAGAGGUUGCGGAUUUACCCGGUGAUUCAAGUCCUGAACAGCUGGAUGCCGCACAGGAAUUCUUGUGUGUUGCACCUUCCACCACGGCUCUCAGCGAAUUAACAAAGCCAUUACUCCUUGCGCUUUGUAACUUACACGUUGAAUCCAAGAGAGGUUUGGAGAAAUUGACUAAGAAGGAACUUGUUGAGCGCCUCGGUGCAUGGCGUAUCCAGACUGGUCUUGCUGACCGGGAAGGAAAGAUACUCGUACCAGAUCCUGAACGACUCACUGCAGCUAGGACCGCUAGGUCAAAAACGAAGGCCAGCACAGUCCUUGGAAAGGAACGGCUUCAAGCAAUCUGGGACGACAUGGACACCACUGUCCUGCCUAGCUGGAUACUGCCAGCACCUUUUCAUAUAGGCGAUGGGCGCCACGGGAAAAUAACUGCAGACCAAUGGCGGUCAUUCUGCACGAUCCACUUAGUGAUCACGCUUGGUCGUUUGUGGGGACCCCUUGAGCCUGCAAAUCGACACCACCAGUUGCUGGAGAAUUUUAUGGAUCCAGUUACUGCCAUGAAGUUGUCGACAAUGCGAGCCACCUCCCCAGAGCGGAUCGGGCAGUACCAAAUCCAUUAUCUCCGAUACCUCCGAGAGCUCCUUGUUCUCUUUCCAGACGUCAGCCUAACACCGUACCACCACUUGGCAGUGCAUCUCGUUGACCAAUUAUGCACUUUUGGACCGACUCAUUCAGUUUGGACCUUUGUGUUUGAACGGGUGAACCAUGUUCUUCAGCAAAUCAACAAGAACAACAAGCUUGGACAAAUGGAGCAGACGAUGUACGAGCGCUUCUGCAUGGCACAGCGGCUCAGAAGUAUCAUACAAACAUAUGCCGUCUCGUCUCCAUUGAAGCGCAUAGCUGCGGCCUUCAAGAAAUAUUUUGAUCUAGGUGCACGUGGCAUUCUUUUCACCGAUAUGCUCUCCUUUGAAGCCAAAGCUGUUCAGGGAUUAGCUCCGUAUGGAUUAGAAUUGCGCGAGGAUCAGGCGCAGGAGCGGACUUUACCGCCAAGGCAAAGGCUGGAUACAACUGUAGUUGCCCUGUUGAAUGACUACUAUGACAAACAUUUCGGCCGCGCAAGUGCUCGAGGUGUCAGGCCACAAGGUGUUAUCGAAGAUAAGUUUCUAUGGGAUGGUGUCAAAUUCACUACGUUCCAGUCCUCCCCUCGCGAUAGCUACGUCGUCACUGGAAAUCUCCCCUUGAACUGGUCUCCCGCCAGAAUCACCAAGAUAUUCACGCAUACCGCUGAUGACAAGGAUUCCCAAGGAACAACGCGGACAUUUUUUGUGGUGCAAAGAUACCGAGCACUGGGCGAUGCCAUCCACGAUCCUUAUCGUGCAUUCCCUUAUGUCGGAGGUAGACUUUACUACAACGAAAUCGAAACUUCAGCAGAGCUACUCGCUGCAUCUGACAUCCUUUGCCACUUCGCGCUCACCCCUUACGCUUCGGCAAAGACGGAGAGAGCACUCAUCCAUGUCCUUCCUCUGGAUCGGGUACACCUCUGA